GCAGCUGUGGAAAUGAGAUAAAACUGAGCUGCCACUUUAGGAAGCUCUCAUUCAGUCACUUGCUCAGCCAGAAACGUCUGAAGCCAAAAGUAAAAACUCUUGGUGACUCGUCAUUGUCCUGGAUGGCAGUUGUUUUCUGCAACAGAGGGGAGAUCAACAGGUGGAGGAAAUGAAGGUUUGAUUUUUGUCACUGUGGGGAUUUUUAAAGAAGAAGUUAAGUGUUUUUGCCUUGACUUUUUUUUGGUUUGUCUCUCAAACUUUAUCUUUUGCUGAAGACAGCUUUUUUUAAGAAGACCAGAUAUGAAUGUGCUGUCCAACCCAGGGAUCAGGGCGCAGGAGCAGUCUCUUCCUCUCUGUGGCCCCGGGUCUGUACAGGACUUGCCCCACUGCCCCCCAGGGUUCAACCUGAGCUCACGCCUGAAUCCUGUGCCCAUGCUCGACCUCCAGAGCGGCCAAAGACCGAUCAAGCCUCAGAGGGAGCUGAGCCCCGAGGAGCAGCAGGAUCUCAGGAGGAAGAUCAACAGCAGGGAGAGGAAACGCAUGCAGGACUUGAACAUUGCCAUGGAUGCCCUGAGGGAGGUCAUGGUGCCGUACGCCUCCUCGCCAUCCUCUGCCUCCCCCCCCCAGUCCCACCAGCCCGGGGCCCCUCCAGGCCGCAGGCUCUCCAAGAUCUCCACCUUGGUUCUGGCCAGGAACUACAUCCUCCUCCUGGGGUCGUCUCUACAAGAGAUGCGGCGGCUGCUGGGGGAGGUAAGUGUGGGGAUGGGUGUGAACACAGGACCGGUCCCCCGGCUGCUGCUCGCUGGAGGGUGGCCCCUCAUUUCUGGUCCAAGUCAGCUCCUCCUCACUCAGGAGUCCCUCCUGACGUCAGCAGCCUCGUCCUCGUCCUCCACUUCAUCGGCAUCUGCUUCUAAAUGUCCCCUGUUGUCCCCGGGCCCCAUGGAGGCCUCGCUGGCUCCUGUGCAGUGGAGCUCUGCAGGGGCCUCCGGAGGGCCCCUGUGCCCCUGUGGAGUCUGCAGACUACCCAGAUUUAACCACUCCAAUCCGGUUCCAAGAUUUCCAAAGUGACCCCUCUGAGUUGAAGUUACAAAAUGGACUUGAUGAGUGUUACCAGUAUGCCACAUUUUAUAUGAGUUGUUAUUUUUCUAACAUUUAGAACAUAUUUGAACAUGAAAUGAUUUACUGCAAUAACUCACAAAUAUCUUUGAACUUUUUAAACCUGGUGGAUCCAUUCUGUAUUUGGAAGCCAGUGUCUUUCCACGUAUAUAAGUAUGUUUAUAAGUAAAUAUAAUAAUGCCUGUUUUGUUGUAGUUAUAUAUUUUUAAAUACUUUUCAGAGAAACUACUUCUACGCUUAUUAUUGGAAAUGUGAGUGUUUGUUAUGUUUGAUUAAAGUGAUUUGCAAUUUUUGUGGAAAGACGAUCACAAAAAUAACCGCCUAGCACUAGAGGGGUUCCAAAUCCUUAUAUCUUAUU